CUUAUAUUUGUGCAAUUUCAUGCAAAAACAUUUAGUUUUUAAAACAUGGCACAACCGUUUUCGCUAAAACAAAUUUCGUUUAGUGCAGAGGAAUUUCGAGAAUUGACGCACGGUGAAAUUUUGCAAAUCGGUGACGGUAAUUGUUUAAAUUACGAUGCUGAAAGUUUUACAGCAAUUUUUUAAGUAGAAUGUUUUUCUAUUUUACGAUGUUCUUCGUGAAGUGACGAAUGUUUUUUCAAUUACGUAUCAUUUUUGUCAAACGUAAAUCUUUUUAUCAUUUUCUCGUUAUUUUCAUUUAGAGUGCGAAAUAUAAGGGAUACUGCGUUACCAAAUAAACGAUUGGUUUUCUUAUAUGCAAUGCUAAAUAUUAUCUGUCACUGACUCAUUCUUAUCGUUCGCCUUGUCGUGUUUAUUACGUUGCUUUGUGUAAUUUUUCAUUCUAACCUGCUAAUAGUAGAUAAAAGGAAUACGAAGGACACUGCGCGUUAUUGUUUUACAGAAACAUUUACUCACGCAAGUAAUUUUACGACUUUUUGAUAAAAUUUUCAAUAUGAUAUGUGCAGAUACGAAAAAUAUUUAUUUACACAUGGAUAUAUAAUAAAUAAGAAAAAUCCGUUUGUUUUGUGCUUGUUUUAGAGAGCAUGUCCACAUAUUAUUUAAGUAGAAAUUGGAAGAUCUCAAAAAUUACAUGUAAAACUUCUCAAGAAUCACAAUACAUUUACAUAUAAAAAGUUUUAUAAAUUUCUUACACUUACACUUAAAAACUUUCACUUCUCAGACUUAGCACAGCAUAAUCUUGAUUGGAAAUUCUAGUUCAGUAGUUGUUCCUUAAGCUAACUUUUUGAGAACCUUCUUGGAGAACUACGUACGGCAAGGGUCAUAAAUCUAAUUUCUAGUAACUUUUCCACGUUUGCCACUUUAAACUCGAAAGUUGAGGUCGAUCGAGUCAAUUCGAAUUUUUUACCGAUGUUAUCAUGUUUCAGUCCAAUAAGGUAAUCAUUGAAAUAGAAACGAGCAGAUUCGCUUCUCCUAAACAUAUUUUUAUGAAAUGUGUUUAAAUAACGUCAAUAUACAUUUGCAGAAAAAUUACGUUAAAGUUACGUUACAAAUUGCAAUAUAUAUAUGAUUACAUUUCUGUGUUAAUCUUUCGCUUAUACGUUCAUCUCGCUUUCAGGAUGUUUUCGCAAAUUUUUUCUUUACCGAAAGACGUGCGUAAACACGUCACAUCCGUUUAUUCGCAGAAAGUUUCUCUGAUAAUCCGAGAAAACAGGCCGAACAAUGGUGAAUACAAGGUCAAUCUCUUCGUUGACCACGCAGAAAGAAGGGAAGAUUGAUAAACAUCUCUUGGAUAUAUCCCGAAAUCCAUAAUGUUGGCGUCUCGCCAGAGGUGGGUGGCGCCUGGCGUCGCGUCGUGCCGCUCCAUAUAUGAAUCUAUUUCCUUAGUGGAACUUAUUUAUUUUUAGCAUCAGAUAUCCUUGAUAACUGCGUCUGAAAUUGAAACUUCGUUAGAGCGCAGUUUAUCUUCAAAAAUUUAAUUCAAAUUCAGACUCAAAUAAAUGAAACAUUAAUUCGCGAAAAGAAUUCGUUAACCGUCUGGCACUUUGCAAAUUAACAAUAUUUCCCGAUAACCGCUUCUUUAUUAGAAAAAAAUUUAGUUAAAUUCGUGUGAGUGGAAAAGAGGGAUCUAUAAUUGAAAACUUCGUGCGACGAUUUUACAACGCUCCGCGUAUUUGCGUAGCAGAUGGGCGAACAUAUUUGUGAGAAUCGCCGCCAGCGUUGGGGAUUCGAUUGGCUCCGAUUACAUUUGAUUAUGUGCAACACGAAGAACGUCUGAGAAGAGCACAAGCCGCACGUACGUGCACGUUGCUCCUGUGCAAAUGUCGGAUCAGCGGUUUUUAUUAUCAUUACGUGUGUAUGUACGACUAUCGUUGCAUUAGCUUGUCGUCACUUGUCGCCAGUGCACUCCGCUCCGUGUACAUACCGAGUUUAUUACGCCUUAGUCAAGCCGCGUGCGCGGUUUAGCCACGUCGAUAAACCGUCCCCAUGAAUAUAUCGGCAUUAGAAAAAAGAAUGCGUCGCCUGCGUUUCCCUGACAUCAUCGUAUGCAAAGCCAAGUGUGUUCGGCACAGUCAGUAGACUCUGGUAAUAAUACCUUGUGAUAACGUAUCGUAAGAGGCUUCGUCGCAAAUGUCAGCGUUCACCAAGCUUCUCGUUUUCCGAUUAUAGAACGGAUUAGUUAUGUAAAUUGGAGCUGCAGUGCUUUGCGUCGCAUAGACUGGCAUCCUUGCACAUUCUCUCAUGAAUAAGAAUUAUUCUUGUUUAUAGUAUUAUCUUGUUUAUUGACGUACUUUUUUACAUACAUGUUUCUAUGCAUUUACACGUUUCGGGCAUAAAUAUGAAAAAGGAAAAUAUGGUUAGCAUUAUUGUAUCGAAGAUUACAUUCAGUCAUAUUUCGAAAACGAAUCGAAAAAAAGAAGUGAACAAAAAGUGAACUUCUGUUUAUGAGAAUUGUGCUGCGCAGUUUGUGUGAUAUCAUCGUUCAAAUAAGUGGUAUAAAUUUUGGUAGUAUGCAUUCGAAUGUCAGUGCAUUUUUAAUCCCUCCCUUCAUCCGAGGUAAUUGUUAAUACAUUGUUAAUAUAUAUAAACUGCCAAAAAUGUUAAACAGAAUCAUUUUGAAGGUAUGAAACCCAUAUAAUAAUAUUAUAAAUAUCUUUUUUAUUAUGAGCUCGCAGAUUCCGCCAGAUAUUUCCACGUUGUGAAUUCAAUAUAGUUUCUCGGUUUAUUAUUGGUUUCCGGCAUAUGCUGCGCAGCUGGCAUUCAUACAACGACGAAAUACGAUCCAUCCCAUUUUUCCAUAGUUCAUCUAUGCUCAAUAUUUUUUUUAUCAAAAAACGCAUCUCGUUACGCGUCGUUAUGCUUCCCCGCGAACGUUUCCGUUUGUUAAUAGAAUAGGAUAGGACGGAGUAAAUGGCGCAUCGUCAAAAGAGUAUCGUAUUCAUUAAUUAUCGUGAAUAACCGACCGUGAAUAUUGUUGUCGGUUGGUAAUCACUAUCAUCACGGACGAUCGUAAAUCAAAGCAGCAAGAACUGGCGCACAAUUUCUAUGUGCGAAAAGGAACCACGAGAAUUCACUAGUAAGUCGAAUGCAACUUGCGGAUCGAAUAAGAGUAUGGUGUAAUUUGUUUAAACCUCGAUGCAGACGUUUACGUUAGCGUGUGUACAUCUAGAUUUCGUCUUUCUUGUUUGACGACGAUAUUUUGGCACGGAAACGAGGGUUGCCUCGUAUUGCGUCUCGUUUUGACGAGCUGUUAACCAGACAAGUGGUAUCCGUUUUCGAUCGAAGAAGAAUGUCUGACAAGUGCGCGCAGAGAAAAGUUCGUGGAAAGGCUCGAUAAAUCGUGCUAGCUUCCUCGAAGCGAGAAAUUAUUUGUACUGUCGUGUGAAAGGCCGGAUGUUACCACUCGUUCAUUGAUGAUUCGGAAUUGAUGCUGACCAUUCGCUAAGCGACUGCGAGGUAAUCCGCAUGAUCGUAAAAAAGAACAUUUAAAUGCGUCUGAGAGUGAUAAAUUCGGUCAAACUCAAGGCUGAUCCUUCUGAAAGAAAAAGAAUUACUUUCUAUUCGUAUUUUUUGUCACUGAUUUCUUGCAAAUAUGAAAUACAUUACGUGUAUCUGAAGAGAGCUAUUCUGCGUACGCGAAUCUUAAAAGCAUCAAUAUAUCGGUCAUCUGUAUUUCUACAUUCAAGAGUGCAUUGAAAUUCUUUCGUAUAUUAUCAUUAGCUUUCCUAGACAUCAUUAUCAUAGAUAUAGGCGACUUUUUCAGAGAUAACGGGACCGGUAAAUACGCGAUAAAUGACGUAAAUGUUACUUGACGUAGUCGGGAGGAAGCUUUUAUUCGUAGAUAUGAACGUGGCACGCUGAACCCGGAGACAAAUCAUCGUGAUUAUAUCUUUAUGGUAUUACCGAUUUAUUGCUGUUCGCGUUUUCCGUACAAACAUGCGGAUCAAAUGUACACUUAGACCAGUUAGUGAAGAUGUAUGCAGCUCGAUGCCUGUAAGACGACAGUCGUGGCACAUUCUCUGUAGCGCGACUCUUAUAAAUCUUGUCGAAUAUUAUGCUUCUCACAUCGACCGGUACAUCGCCGAUGCGGUGACCGAAUAGAGAUUAUUAAAUAAUACGAGACUGAUCAAUACUUUGUAAUUAUUUAUGCAAAGGCAGUCAUUUGCCGUUUAGCUGUAUUUUUUAUGCGAAGCGCAUGCAUCAUGACAUGAAACUUGGAUGACACAUAGCGUGUUUACGUCAUUCAAUAAAUAAUUAUACUUUUGGAAAAAUUCCUUUCGCAUUUUAAUCUCUCAGUUGUUUAUAUCUUUUCUUAUCUUUUAUUUAUUACGCUAGUCAAUGUAAGAUAAUGCAUUAUAAUUAUGUUCAAUAUGAUCCCCUUCAAAAAUUGCACUCCGAGACUGUUUGUCUCCGUAAGAUUCAUUUGUCUUUGUCGCAAUGCGGGUGAAUUCAUUAUCAUCUGCAAAUUAAGCACUGUUAAACGAUAUCAAGUGCAUACAGUACACGCAGGCAUACAAUGCAACAUAAGAUGGAGAAAAAAACAUGUUCCUUUUCAGAUUAUAAAAUCAAAGCCUUUCAAGAAGCCGAUUUUGUCUUUAAGCACAAGACUGCAUUUUAUUUUUUUUCGUUUUAUAUAUUCUUGUUUUUCUUUAUUUAAACAUUUAACAAAAUAAAAUCUUUUAACUUUAGCAAUUACACGUCGCGAUCGAUGAUAACUCAUAACGUAUUUCAAAUUUCCUUCCGAGGCAAAUUAGAUAUACCAACUUUAAUUUUUACAUCUGCUUGCUUCCUCUUCUGUCUUGUUUUAUUUUUUUCCUCUUUUUCUAUCCUAUUUUUCCUCAUUCAAUCUAAACUCCAAUAUUUUCCUUAAUGGUACGUGAUAAUAUGCAUGCAUAAGAAACAUGACGGAUGAUAUAUAAAUAGGAAAAGUGAUUGAGUUAUUUUUCUCUAGAAUCACUGGAAUCACUGCUAAAAUAAACAGUAAAGUUUUGCGUUACUUUUUAUUAAUUACUGAAAUAUCGUAUACUUUAAUUAAAAUGGAUAAUAUUUUCUUGUAUGAGCUUUUCUUUUUUUAUCAUCACGUAUGUACACGUGUCGCUGUUAAAAAUCGACGAGAUUACAUAAAGCCACUCGCGCUAUUUUAUUACACACUUGUUAUCGAAUUUCAAAGAUUGAUUUGUUGAGUAUCGAGUUUGUCGUCGCGUUCAGCGUAUAUAUUUAGAGCGCAUUCAUGUAUCCAACAAAUGGAGUUUAUUGUAACAGGAUUGCAUGAUGAUGCAUAAAUGCACUGUGAAUAUAACUAAAAAUCACUGAAUUGUUUUUAAUGAAACGUCUUUCGUAUAUUCAUGUAAAAUAUAAAAAUUUGUUUUGUGCAGUCAAUGUUAAUCAAUUUUCAAAGUUUGUUAAUAACUCAUGGGCGCGCGAUAUUUCUUAAAAUAUUAUAAAUUUUACAAACGCCAUGACAAUAUUUUAUGAAAAUGUUUUAUAAGCAUCGUGACGAUGUUAUUUAUUUGUUGUUUUUAAUAUGGCUCGUUUACGUUUUGGCAAACAGAAGAAAUAUUGAAAAACAGAAAAAUAUAUUUUUCGCACAUGUUAAUAACUUUUUGUGAAUAUAUCCAUAUUCUAUACAAAACCUAGAAAUUCCGAUUUCGUAUAACUCUUUUGCUUUAAUUAUCUAGGUAAUAUAUUUAUUUUUGUAUGUAAUUUGUUAUCUACUUAAAUAUCUGCACAAAGUGCUAUGUAUUCAGGCUUAGUAAAUUAUAGGACGAAUUAUAAGAAACAAUGAAAUAAACGAUUAAUCGCUAGCAACAUCUUGCUAUUAUUUUGAUGACGACAAUUGGUUAUUUUCGCCCAUACAGUCGCUCUUUAUUCACAUUAUACGCACAUUAAUACGCUCUGCCAUUUAAUGGAAAUUACGCUCCAAUUCGCAAUAUAACGGCACGUGAAAGAUACACGUGGAAUGUAUAUAGUUAGUGCAGAUGUAACCAUUGUUCGUGUAUUGUGCAAGCAUGUUUCGAUGUCGUCGAAUAUUUCAUAAAAGCAGUCUGAUUCUUUUCAAGCCUCGCUCAAAUGAAUAAUACGCAUUCAAUACUAUGAUCAUUCACGUUUGUAAAUAACUGGCUUGUAAAUAGCUGAUAAUUGACUUUUGAUCAGAGAAAGUCUACAGCAUACAAUUUAAUUUUCCAACAAUACACCAAGCAAACGAUAAGGAGAAACAAUCAAUAAGCAAUCAAUGAGAUAAUAAAUAAAAAAGUGAAAGCGGGUAAAGAGAACACCUACUUCUAUUAAUCUAUUAAUCAAGAUGCAAUGAUGUAUUUGUUUUAUGUUUAGCAAGUAUUCGAUGACUAAUAGAUUGAUUUGUCGUGCGAUAUAAACUCGUGUAAUAUAAAAAAUAUGAUUGGUAGAAGUCAGAAUGAUCUUCGCUUAUCUCGUUCGCGCGUUUCUCGUGAAACGAAACGUUUUGCCGAACCAUCCAUUAUCUUCCGGCUGCUUCCGUCUCAAGGACCAGCGUCAUCAUUGUCAUUCACACUAUUGUGUACGCGCCAUAAUUUCUGGAUGUACCGGCAUGCACGUGAUAGCCCUUAUCUCCCGACGUGGUUGUUGCACCGAGACGCGUCAGUUUCGCGAUGGAUCGCGAUUAAUUUAUGGUGAUGUUGUUACUCUGAAUCCGUUGCGAGAAGAAGAACCCGUCUACUCAAGCCAACAAAGAUCACGCAGUUAUGCACCACGUUAUGUUCCCGAAAUAGUCAGAUCUGUUUUGAUUGCGAAUUCUCGUCGGGGCGUGUAACAUUUCCUUGCUAGCAAACCGUUUCCGCUCGAAGAGCCAAUCUCAUUACGACCAAGUGUAGAUAUUGUUACACUUGCGUCUUUAAUUAUUCAGCGUCCUUAUCUGACGUUUGAGUGUGCCAAUCUUGGUUCCCAUCAAUUUUUCUACUGUACUUAGGAUGAGAUUAGGGUGGGAAUAUUACUGAUAUUACAGCCUCACGUACAAUCAUCACUGUCGAGCGCGCAAACACGGACAGGAUGAUUUUUUAAAUAUAGUUUAUAUUUCAAUUACAGAACUCGUUUGUGGACAAUUUUAUCACGAUGGACUUAGAUUAUUGACGAGUGUUUACCGAGCUCGCACCAAUUAGCUGCCACGCGUUUUUACAUUUUUUCUUUUCAAUCAAUACGAUAUAACUGCAAUUAUUGUGAUCUUCGAAUGAAGUGUGUUUUGCAAGCAUUUUUUCUCCGCGCGGAAAACUUGACUAAGACCGGUAUAAAGUAGACUUGGUUCGAGAAGAGUGGUGAACUCAUCCGGCCGAAGAUAUGUAGAUUCCCACGUAUUAAAUAUGUAAUAAAAAGCACUUACGAUAAUUGUCGGUAAUUUUCUACGACGGCAGCUAAUUAUGAAUGGCAAAUGGGACAUUUAGAUGCAAGCACGAUAUUUUUGCUCCUACGACGCUGGUGAUAAUCUGAAAUUAACAUGGGAAAACGUGAUAUGAAGGAUUUAUCCCGAUAAACAAACAUAUUCUGCAAUUAAUUUAAAUGAGUUAAUCAACUAUUUUUAUUUACGGACAAGGAAAAGGCGACAGAUGAAAAAUUAUUCAAAAUCAACAGAAUUAAUUACGCAUAAAAUCUGCUGUUAGGAAAAAUAGGUACGGACGAGGAUACAUAUAAACUUGUGAGUUCUCAUCGAGCAGUGUUCCGCAACAGCUCGACGUGACUUUUCGCUACGACGUCGCUGAUUGAAAUCGCUGGGGAACGAAAGAUUGCGUGAUCGGAUAUAUCAGAUACAUCGCGCGAUCCGAUCAUAUUUAUGAACCUCGUGAUGCUUGUUCGGUGAUUGUACAUAAUAAGUAGCAUCGCCGAUAUCCGCGGCACGUGUCUGCCUCGUGAGCAGCUGCUGUAGCAGAACAAUAAUAGAGACGUAUAGACUCGCUAUUGCUUCUCAGCGCUUUAUAUCAGCUUCCUCCGUUAUGUCAGAUUUACACGUCGCAGUCGGAGAGCCGACCAGCCUUUCUCAACAAAAACUCAUUUUCCAUGUAAUAAAAUAUAUAUGUAGAAAUAAACAGCUAGUUGAACAAAUAAUCUCAUCAUUCGUAAUGUUGCGCUAGCCAAAACCACUGUAAAUUCCACGUUCGAGUAUAUCUCGUUGCAUACGGAGGAAUAAAAUAGUCACGUCCGAUUAUGCAGGCGCGCAAUCUGGAAUUUCCCGGUGUGCUCGUAAAAAAAAGUGAUAGUCUGUAACUCGGCAGAAAAAGUACCGAACGAGAGGAAUUACCAGCGGGAAUGUCGCAACAAUUGCGCUCGCAACAAUGAAGAGACAAUCGGCGCCCUGCUGAUUGUUCUUGUAAACCGCGACCAGUAGCAGUAGAGUAUUCUCUACGUUCGUGCCAUGUUUAUCAGUCUCCGUCAGUCUGAGGGGCUCUUAACGCCGGCGACUUGAGACAAGGCGCCAGAGGACGAGAUGAUUCCUGUCAACAGUUACGUAACGUUCGCGAAAAAAGACCUCCUUGAGAGACGCCACGGUCAUAAUCAUCGCAUCCUCGGGCUUUUCGUGCACGUCGAUGUGUCCACGUGGAGGAACACGAGGGUAAGCAUCGAUAAUACUAGCAGAUACAGGUCUAAAAAUAAGCUGUAAAUUAUCCUCGCGUAAGUACUACUUAGCUGACCGUGCAAUUGUCGGCGUUUGUCCAACGAUUAUCGAUGUAACUCGCAAUUGUGCGCUCAUAAGAGGCAAUUAGGAGCUAAAGGAUUAUGUAUAUGAUGUCGGAGCAAAAGUAUAUGUUAAUGGGAUGUAUUUCGGGAAAUAAAUGAAGACGUAGCUUCCGUGGAUCGGCAAUCUUGCUUUAUCACAGGUAUCUCUCGUGUCGUUAAAAUUCGUUGUGCAAUUUUGCAUGCAUGUCAGCAGGAAUCAGAUAUUAAGAAAGAUACGCUCUACGUACUUGGAUAUCUAGGAUAUAGACUGUCUGCAUUAAUAUAGGUUGAACCAACCCUCUUAGCACAAUCCUUAGCGACGAGUUUGUUGUGCUCGUUGAAAUGCUAUCGAUCGAUGAACACGCGCGUACGUUUCAAGGAAAAAUCAGGAAAAGGAGUCUCAUUUUACGACAGCGAAGAUUGGUUGGCGACAAAUCCUUCUUAUAAUUCUCGUUUGACAGAGACUGAUACUUUUAAGAAAGUUGAAUGUUGGCGGAGAGUGCAUCCUGCAGACUGCCAAUGGUAGAAAAAUAUCUUAUCCGGUCGAGGACGCUGGAGAUAAAUUGCUCGCAUAUUCCUGAACUUUCUCUCUCUUUCUUCCUGAAUUUCUUUCAGAUUUAUGUUAUGCCCGAAGCUAUUUCUACAUAAGGUUACUACAUACCGAGAAUAGCGUAUUUUACGGUAAUUAUAUCAAAUUUGUAUACAUGCGUCAGUACUUGACUCGCUCGAGUCGCAAUUCUGCUUCUACUUUCGAUUUCAACAUACCAAUUUCAACCUUAGCAUUUACUCUUUAAAUUUGCUUUCACGCUUUAGCUAAAACGAACAUUUAUCGGUAAUGUUUGGUUUAGAGAUCUUAUUUGGAAUUAACAAAUUCUAUUUAAAUUUUGUCAAAAAUUUUCAAAAAGGUUCUUUUGAAAUUCUAAAAGAAAGAUUGCUCGUUUUUUUGUCCAUUUGUGAGGUACAAGAUAAAAUAUAACCCGAAAAGGAUUUCUCGUACGUCAUGCUGAGAAUGAAUGACUAACUAGGAAACGUGAAAUAUGUGCAUUUUACUGACAAUAUAAUGGGAUAUCGAAAACGAGACGCUUUGCUGAAGCCAAAGGAUUCACUUUAAAGCAAACGGGACGAGUCUCAUCGGAUUUCCCGGUUUAAGACGCAAUGUAUCGCGCGUUUCAAGAGAAUACUGUUAUCAAUAAUGUACGUCGAAUUCCAUGAAUAUUCAACGAUUGUUUAAUCAACUGUUUCCAAAUUGCAAUAACAAAUAAAUUUAAUCCAGGUUUACGUAAGUCAUAAUCUGUUACAGCUUAUUAGAACGAGCUAUCACGUAUACAUUCAUAUUACAAGUACGUGUAUAUUAUAAGCGGUGAAUAAGGGUCAAGAUAUUGUUAGGUGCUCUAUAACCGUCUUUAUCCGUAUCUAAUUUUCGCGUCCGUCAUCCGAGUCCUCGCGGAAUACUCGAAUAAAUAAGUCUACUACUGGAAAUGAAACAUGAAAUUGGCACUGCGCUAACGAAUCCCCAGGUCGCAUUUCAACCGCGAAUGGUUUUCGCGCUAAGGCGAAAGAGAAAGAGAAAAAUAGGAAAAACCCGAGAAAAAUGCUACCGAUAACGAUUAGCCGAUAACCGAUUGGGACAGCAAGAGGAUAGCGAGGGGGUAGCGUAAAAAUAAGUGCAGCAGUUCACGUUAUCGUGACCUUCUGUUAUACAUUAGAAGGAGGAACCGAGCUAUUUCUGACUGCGGCGGCCCACAUGCAUCGACUGCAACGGAUCGAUAAACCGUCGUUUCUCGUAGGACAUUCAUGUUUUUCGUCACUGAGGCGUUAGGUGCAUCGAUCGUGUCUCCCUCGGCUAGGACACGUUGUUUGCCUGCGCGUUAAACCGUGAAUACGUGCUGUACAUCGCGCGGUGUCUUCAGACGGGGGCGGACGAGCAAACGAGCGCAUAAUGCAGAAUGCAUUAUUGCCGCUUGCAAAACUGUCACUUUCGCGUGGUCACUUCUCGUCAGACGAGAGAGAACGUGCCUCUAUUUUUAAUACCUGGGAGUUCGUUGUAACGUUGUAACGUGAAGAGGGACGGCUACCACAUCUCCGAGACGGACGACAAUGAUAACCCGCGCUUUCGUGAAAGCGGAUUAGUCAGUCUUUUCUAAGAUCCUCGCAAAGUUUAGUUUUUUUUUAUAAGAUAAGACGGAUGACCGUGUUUCCGAAAAGUCACGCGUAAGCACUAUUACAACUUCGUACGUUUUCCCUUCUGUUUUUUUUUUAAAUCUGCGCUUCUGCUGUGCGAGAAAAUAUGUACAAACAACUUUUAUGCAUGUUUUCCUGUUGUGCACACGAUAUGACGAAGUCGAGGUGGACGCUUCUGUGAAAUGAAAAUCGCAAAAUUAGUUUAAGGGCGCUUUGACGUAAACGUCGAUAUUACUAAAUAGGCAGCUUGAUUGCUUUUCCGAAGAUCAAGUUCUUUUUCUUUGAAGUCUUCGAUAUUGCAUGAUUCGGCUAAAAUGAUCCAGCGGAAAAACUUUUUCCCCUAUAUACGUAAAUUAAAUUUCUUGCAAUUUACCGCAGGAAGUCACUCGUAUUUCGCACUUUAUCGCUUAAAAUAAGAGCACUGAGUACCGAUACAUAAAUUGUUGUAAACUAUCUAUAACAAACUUCGAGGUUCUUGAUUCUCAGUCAGUAAUCGGUAAAAGACGUAAGCGCCUUACUGUAUCCACGCCCACGCGAUCCUCUGGACAAACUGUGACGUCCACUUCCGAUCUUUCUCAAACUCUUUUACGAAUACUUCAAACAAACUUUGUCUACGCCGUAUCUACGCGGAACGAGCGUGUCUGGUAAAAGCGUAAGCAUAAUAUAGGUAUUCUUAAUACGUUACGUAUCACUGCCCCAUGAGAAUCGCUUUUUAUAGUACCGCUCCUUCAUUUCCCUCCAUAAUAUAAUACAUCGUAUAAUUAAAAUAAUAAUAUAUAAAAUAAUAAUGCAUACUUCACAUUAUCGUCAAGAAAAAUAUUGUAUCACGGUUGUGCUGGAAGAUGCAAGGUACGCGCAAAGUUACACGUGUUCUUCCUUUUAGAAUAAGCUGUAGUAAAUACUCGUCAUCGAGUGAUUUAUGAUUUCCAAUCCCAGAACAAAGAAUGGCAUGAUGACACGUUUUACAUCGUUCAACAUUAAUCAUACCAUGUGUAACGCCUGCUUAAUCAUGCACAAUAAUGAACGUGACAACAGUGUAUGGUUAUCGUCUCUAAUCACUUAAAUUAAUAUACGUAUAUAUAGUCGAUCCGAUGGAUUAAGAUUUAAUCAAGAUUCUGUCGUUACGAUGGAACGAACACGCAGUAAAGUUUGACAGAGUAACACCAGCAAUCCUAGAGAAUUAACGAUGCAUGCGUGCGUCGUGUCACGUAUUUCUGCACAGUUCCGACAUUAAUUAGCAAUUAUCAGUGCAACACAUGCGCAGCGAAAUUUCAUAUUUUUCAACGAGUUGCGCGAAUGUCAUCGGAAUCCUGCAACGCUCGUUAUCAAUAUUUGUUUUAUUUUAUUAAUUCAUAUUUAUUAAACAAACGUAUUGAUCGUCACGGAACAAAAAUAAGUAGCGUUCAACGAUAUACAUCGGUUGCGGAGUAGAGUUUGGAGUAGAAGCAAUAAAAGUUGUCUGCUGUGAAGAGGUCUAUUAUCUUUUUUCCGAGGAAAUAACAGGUUUUGGGUCACGAUCCUAGAAUUCAGUGUUAAAUAGAAGAGUUCCAAUACGUAAUUCUCUUGGAAGUAAAACUUUUCGUUUUGAAAUACGGAUGGUUGAUAUAAGCAGCUGGUUGCCUUCUCAUACAGUUCGCGUUAAGUCCAAAUUUAUCUGCGGACUCAUUGUUGGCGAUCUUCAAGAAGUAGAACGAAUCUCCAAAAUAGAACGAAUCUCCACACAGCGCUAAGCGCAAUAUACCAUACGUUUAAGAGGACGCAGAGAAAAUCGAGAAAAUAUCACUGCAACGACGACGGUCUUUGUGCUUCUAUCGUUUUCAUCGUUCGUUUCAUCGAAAUAAUCGAUAGACACGUGCCACUGUUUCUAUUGUGACGACUGUGCGAACUGGGCACGUGUCAACUGGCACGUGUCAGCUAUCUAAUGAUAGCCCUUUUGCAAGUCGAUUCUCAUGCGAAACUGUCUCGCGUCUUGAGCGUUUUCUCUCGUGAUUAUUGCAACAGGAUAUGACUUUAGGUAAAUCAGAUACCGUUGCCGCGAGAUUAGCUUCUCUCCGCAAAUUGCGCAGCACUGAGAAAUUUCCCGUUAAUGAGACGAUCUUUAAGAGCCCACGCAUGGAUAUAUAACACAAUAUAUGCGUGAAGCUUUCUACAUUAUCUCCGCUCCACGUAACACAUGAAGGCGUAGGUGAACAAUGCUUCAUUUCCAGUUCCAGCGAAGCUAUAUUUAUCCGAGGUCCAAGACAUCUCUUAGAGACAACGGCGCUGACCUCUCAAGCGAAACAUCAUCCGUGAUAAAUUAAACUUUGAAACAUUAGCAAAUAAGUGACAAAUGUAUUUCGCCUGUCUAAAGUUUACGCAAUAUGAAAUCUAUUAGCUUAAUUGCAGCCAACAGAGACCUUCAUUAUCGGGAUUUUAGGGAUAUCAGGGGCUCCGCUGUUGGACCAAUGUUAGCUUAGCUUGAGACUUGAGACAAUUUUAGUUAAGUAAAUUUUCUUGUAACUCGUCACAGAUAAGAGCCCAAUCUGCAAGCGAACAGCAAACUGAGCUAAACUCGAUCAACUAAAGCAAGCUGAAGCUUAAGCUAUCGGUACGAUGAUGCGAUCUGAAAUUGCUUUUUCGAGGUUUUACAACCGCUUUCAACGUUGACGACUUCAAGAGGACUGAUGACAAUCGCGUCAUUUGGUACUGCACUCGUGUGCAUAUGCUUCCCUACUGGCUGGCGCUCUCUUGUGCAGCAACGCCGACGAAGUGGAGCAAAGAGAACCGCAUCGACACGCGUGAAGUGUGAGUGGAAGGGGCAAAGAAGCCAAAACGAGUGACGGGGACCGAGAUAUAGCGGGACCGAUAUGCGGAGCGGUGCCGCCAACGAGAUAAAAAGCCUUCGUCUCGACUCAGGCACGUAGACCACGCUUAGCAGUCGGGCGGCACGGCAAGCCACUGCCGCUCGCAGGCAUCCACGAGACCACGAGUGAGUGGCGAACGUGACGGUGAAUCAGAAAGUGCUCGUCCGUGACUCCGCAGCGUUACGCUCCGCCGCGAACUCGAGAGAUCGCACUCGGUGAACUCACGAUCCGGGAUCAUCCGGAACUGGAGCAGCUCGUUAUCCCACGUCGACGUUCCAGAACCGCGAUUCGCAGCGUGUACGAUCGACACAACGCUGAGAACUUGAAAAGACAAUUUCCAUCGACGAGUCUGAGACCGGAGCAGUUUUAUCGGACAAUUGAAAUUCCCUUGACUUUUGAGGGAAACUCCUCGUGAAAGUUAGUGCGGUAGCCGCGUUCUUGUGCGGUCGUCGCGGAGACGCACGCCGGCCAGUGACCCCUUGCUGCGGGGUCGCUUCCGCUCGGACUUCUUUUCGUGAGAGAGUUCUCGAGUGUGAGCUGCGCCGAGAAGGCAGCUGAAAGGCCACACGAUGGUGCGACAGACGACGAACGGCGAGGUGGAGACCGGCAACGUGGACGAAUCCGCUAGGUACUUCAAUUACCUAAGGACCCUGGCGGACCUCACGGCCAUAGCCAGCAUUAUGACAGUGCAGUUCAAGAGAAUGCUGAACAAGGAGUUGUCGCAUUUCUCGGAGUCGUCCAAGUCCGGGAAUCAGAUUUCGGAGUACAUCUGCAGCACCUUUCUUGAUAAGCAACAAGAAUUGGAUUUACCAUCUCUGCGAAUCGAAGAUGCAGUCGCCGCUGCGGGUAGCGCGGAUGCACGGGCGGCGAAGAAGAAGGACCGUGCACAAAGGGGUCCCGCCGCAAUGUCACACAUCAGCGGCGUAAAACGGCCGUUGACACACACCAACAGCUUCACCGGGGAGCGCGUGCCGCUUCACGGGGUGGAAACGCCACACGAAGAGGAACUCGGCAAGCUGCUGUCGGACAUCGACAAGUGGGGCAUCGACAUCUUCAGGAUAGGUGAGCUCAGUAGCAAUCGACCCCUCACUUGCGUGGCGUAUACGGCCUUUCAGAGUCGGGAUCUGCUCAAAUCGUUGGCGAUACCGCCCAAGACCUUUGUUACCUUCAUGAUGACCCUAGAGGAUCAUUACGUGAAGGAUAAUCCGUUCCAUAACAGCCUCCACGCAGCUGAUGUGACCCAAUCCACCCACACUCUACUCAACACGCCCGCCCUUGAGUCCGUGUUCACACCGUUGGAGAUCACUGCCGCGUUGUUUGCGGCCACUAUCCAUGAUGUUGAUCAUCCGGGUCUUACGAAUCAGUUCCUUAUUAAUUCAAGCUCUGAGCUCGCGUUGAUGUACAAUGACGAGUCGGUGCUGGAGAACCAUCACUUGGCGGUCGCGUUUAAGCUCCUGCAGAACGAGGGCUGCGACAUAUUUGUAAACAUGACGAAGAAGCAGCGGCAGACGUUGCGAAAGAUGGUCAUCGACAUGGUCCUCUCAACGGACAUGUCGAAGCACAUGUCGCUGUUGGCCGACCUGAAGACUAUGGUGGAGACGAAAAAGGUCGCCGGUUCCGGGGUGUUGUUGCUCGACAAUUACACCGAUCGCAUCCAGGUGCUGGAGAACUUAGUGCACUGUGCCGAUCUGUCGAAUCCGACGAAACCGUUGCCUCUUUACCGACGAUGGGUUGGCCUGCUGAUGGAAGAGUUCUUCCUGCAGGGCGAUCGCGAGCGGGAGCAAAACAUGGACAUCAGUCCGAUGUGCGAUCGGCACAGCGCCACCAUCGAGAAAUCGCAGGUUGGUUUCAUCGAUUACAUCGUGCAUCCGCUUUGGGAAACCUGGGCGGACCUGGUGCACCCGGACGCGCAGGAGAUCCUGGACACCCUCGAGGAGAACCGCGACUGGUACCAGUCGAUGAUACCACCCUCGCCGCCGUCGGACGAUCAGCAACAGUCGACGAACGAGAAUCAGCAGCAACAACAAUCGGACAGCAGGAUACACUUCGAGGUGACGCUAGAAGAAGGCGACGAGUCCGGCGAGGCAGUAGAGGGUGGUGACAGUGGCGGCGGCGGCGGCGGUGGCGAGUCGACAACGUUCUCGAGUGAGGACGCGGGCGGUGAGACAGAGGAAAACGCCACGGAGGCUGGGAUGUGA